AUGAACAAGACCCGUCUUUCAAGCCCUAAUGACAUCAUAAUGACAAGCUCAACUGGACCCUACCAGCAGGAACCCCUGACUCCACCUAGACCCACCCAUCUCCACUCCACAUCCUCUGCCUUAUCCUCCACCUCUCCAUCCUCUUCUUCCUCACCCCUCAAGCCAAACCAGGUUGGCCAGGUCAUCCUGUAUGGUGUUCCUAUUGUUUCCCUGGUCAUUGACAACAUAGAAAGACUUUGUCUGGCCCAGAUAUCUAACACACUCCUUAAGAACUACAGUUAUAAUGAGAUUCAUAAUCGCCGUGUGGCACUGGGCAUCACAUGUGUUCAGUGUACUCCAGUUCAGUUGGAGAUUCUUCGACGUGCUGGAGCCAUGCCUAUCUCAUCACGGCGCUGUGGUAUGAUUACCAAGCGAGAAGCUGAGCGCCUCUGCAAGUCCUUCCUGGGAGAGAAUGCACCACCCAAACUGCCUGACAAUUUUGCAUUUGAUGUGACCCAUGAGUGCGCCUGGGGUUGUCGAGGCAAUUUCAUCCCAGCGCGCUAUAACAGCUCUAGAGCUAAAUGCAUCAAGUGCUCCUUCUGCAACAUGUACUUUUCUCCAAAUAAGUUCAUUUUCCAUUCUCACCGUACAUCAGAUGCCAAGUACACCCAGCCUGAUGCUGCCAACUUUAACUCAUGGCGGCGACACCUAAAGCUAAGUGACAAACACCCCCCGGAUGAGUUAGUUUACGCAUGGGAAGACGUCAAAGCAAUGUUCAAUGGAGGCAGCCGAAAGAGAGCACUGCCAUCUUCAGCCCACUGUCCCUCCAUGGGUCCUAUGAAGGCUCUUCCAGGUUCAGUGGUGCCUCACAUGAUCGGACCUGACUUGGGUGCUCAGAAAAGGGGUCGCUAUGAAGAGGAGGAUGAUCUGGAUGGAGGCAAUCUCUCACCUCGAAAGACACAGCAUAGUUACCCUGUCAUCCCUGUCCCAAGCAAAAGCUUUGGUAUGUUGCAGAAAUUCCCUCCUGCAUCUCUCUUUCCUUCCCCUUACCCCUUCCCUGCAUUUGGCCUCUGCCAACAGAAAAAAGAAGACAGUGAUGUGACAAGUGGGCAGAAAGGAGCAGGUUUGUCAGGUCUUCUAUGGCCUGGCCGCAAAGACACAUUUUAUCCUCCAUUUUGCAUGUUUUGGCCACCAAGGGCAGCAGGAGGAAUCCCAGUCCCCACCUACCUCCAGCCUCAGCCUGGUGCACUCUCCUCCCUGGCAGACAGCUCUUCCCUCAGACAGGCUUUUUUGGAUCUUUCAGACCCAAGCCAGUCUGGAUCUGGCAAUGGAAACAGUGUUGGCACAACCAUGGCUACAAGCAGUGACACAAACACGUCCAGACUGUUUGACCAAGAUUGCACGGCAGUGAUCCCGGACCUUCGUCCUGCGUCAUCAGAGGGCUGGCUCAAACUCCUUGACACCCCAACUUUCCAAUCGAGGAAGUCCAGUUACAGCUCAGCCUUCCGUCCUGUGGUUAAGGAUGCUGAGAGCUUAGCCAAGCUCCAUAGCAAUAGUGGAGAAAUCACUGGCACAACAGAAGAAGAUUUUGGGGUUGUGGUUACCAGUACAGAUCGCCACCAACAACUUUCCCCCAGCAGCAGCUGUAGUUAUGGAAGUGAAAGUGGAGUUGAUGGGGAGGCAGAGGGAGUGGAUAGUGAGGAGGAAGGGGAGGUGGAUGUGGAGUCAUCAAAACAGGAGGAAGAGGAAGGGGAUAGGAGCUAUACCAACAGGCCACCCCAAACUCAAAGCAACCUAUACCUUCCUGUAGCAAAUGACACUCCUGUUGUGGAAAAAGGGAAAGAAAGGGGGGAUGGUGCUGUGUAUUCAAGCAACUCCCCUUCUUCCUCCUUGGACCCCACCCAGCAGGAAUCCCUUAGCCUGCCUGCGUCCCCUCCUGCUGGCCUGCCUCUCUCCAGCUCUACCCCACCCAACAGAGAGGAUACAUCAUACAAAAAUGUUCCCAAAAAUAGAGAUGAAGGACUACCUGUGUAUGCCACCAAAGACAAUUCCAGCCUUUCUGAUGAAAACAAAGAGCAGAAUGUUUUCUUUGUACAAGAGAAUGAUACAGCGGCACCAGACUACUGGAGGGAAACAACAGGCAAUCGAAACCAAGGUGCUUCCCCGCCUCUUCAAUUAAAGAAGGAUGUUGAGGGCAUGGAAAAAGAAGAGCUCCAAAAGGUUCUGCUGGAGCAGAUUGACUUCAGGAGAAGGCUUGAGCAGGAGUUUCAUGCUCUGAAGGGGUCAUCACCAUUUCCUGUCUUCCAUAAUUUUCAAGACCAGAUGAAACGUGAACUUGCCUACCGAGAAGAGAUGGUCCAGCAGUUACAGAUGAUUCCCUAUGCAAACAUAAUCAGAAAAGAAAAAAUCAGCUCCCAUCUCAACAAGUAA